AUGCGGUGGCUAAUUUUGCUACUGCUGGUCGUCGGCUGCCGAGCCGAGGAAUGGGACGCCUACAACUUCCCGAAUCCGACAGCUGGCGAGUUCAGAGAGUGCAAAAUGAAGACAACCGCGAACAUUUGCGAUCCGGAUGGAGUGCUUUCCGAACAAGCUCGAUAUCGACUUGAUCACGAUUUGAAGCAGCUAGAGAGCAGAACUCGGCAGAUUUGCAUCCGCAAGUAUUUGCAGGACCACGCUAAAACUUUCUGUGACAAGAAGGGUGUGACAGCAGCAAUGGCAGUGGCUCGGCAUGUCAAAGGAGGUUCAACGGAGGCAGUAAAGAAGAUGGCAAACGAUAUGUUGGCGAAGUGGACACUAGAUCCUCAGUGUCAGAAGGCUGUUGUUUUUGUG